GUCGAUGACGUCAAAAUGGGAUGUGCUGAGUUCCCGAAACUUUCUGAGUGGAAAGGACCUAUAUAUACUCACGGAUUCGCUGUGGAGAGCGUCGUGUCUUCUCCUCCGGCCUCUCAACACCUACUAACAACCACCAUGAUGCAGAUUCUGAUGCUGUUUGCCCUCGCUGGCGCCGCUCUCGCCAAUGCUAUUAAUGGGGAAGAGGUCGUGACCCUGACUUACUCUGACGCCCUUGUGGAUGGUGGAGCGACCAUGGACGUCCACAUCAACCCGGUGGAAGAGACCAUCCGCUUCCACAUGGAGGAGCAAGGGAAUCUCGGCGAUGUGGAUACCAUUGAGGACUACAGCGUGGGUUUUGCUGCCAGUCGCGUGCAAGAAGAGGAAGCAUGUUUCAUUAGGAAGCUCAGUGGUACUCUGGAGGAAGCCUCAGCUGAAGCACACAGGCUGGCAUCAGCGGGUCCUCAGACGAACCAAGGAAGCGAGGAAGUCUUAGCUAUCCCUGCCGACGACGCUGAAGAAUGGGCAGGUUCUCGCAUCAUCGAACACUGCGGAGACUUCCCUAUCUAUAAGCUGGUGAAGACAGAAGAGGAUGUGGAAGCCGAGAACGCCCUCAUGGCCUCCUCCUCCUCCUCCUCGGACAACGCCCUCGAGACCCGCCAAACCUCCGUCUCCUUCCGCAGGUGUUUCUUCUUCUUCUUCAUCUUCAAGUGCAUCACCACCACCAUCACCGUUCCAACCGGCACGACCAUCGUCUUCUUCUUCUUCGGCUAAACGACGGGUCUUUUCUCACUUUCCUUU